AUGGCGAUAAGCAGCGACAAGAUACCUGCCAACGGCGCAGGUAUAUCCACUACCGGCGUAAACGGCCACUUUAACAAUGUGCAGCCCGAUGGCCGUGUCUCAGAAGAAAACCAUGGACAAAUCCCAGAGACAAAUGGCAGCUCCGACUCCACGGUCAAGAGUGGCCUUCAGGACAUAAUUCUCAUUGAUGAGUUACCCCGAGAAACCUGGUCUAUGGGGGCUGCAAUCCGCCCGAAUGGCGAUAUGCUUCUCCCCCGCCUCAAUGGGCCAGAAUUGUUCAGCACUCAGCAUCCCAAGACUCACAGCAAUCGCUCUCCCAGCUCAGAACCCAAGCUCAUCCACUCGUUCCCUGACGCCACCUCAGUCUUCAACAUCUGCCGGUUAAAAAACACCGGUCGCGAGGAAUAUGCCGUUCUUACGGCGAUUGUCGAUCUAGAGACGCCGGAAGUUUACAACACUGCGGUUUGGCGAGUAGUUCCUUCCACUGGAGAUGCCACCGAGGAAAUUAAGCCCGAGGUCACGAAGAUCGCCGACAUACCAGAGGCCCAGCUGUGCAUCGGGAUGACUUCCGCAUCAGAUCGUAUUCUUCUAGUUGCCGACUCUGGUGCGGGCUGCAUUUACCGCGUCGAUGUGGAAACAGGGACGCUGUCCAUCUUCCACGGGGAUGAGUCAAUGCGACCCGCGACUAAGAAAGACGCCCUUGGUAUUAGCCGAAUAAGGAUCCUUGGGAACUAUUUAUUCUACACAAACACAAGCAGAGGAACGUUUUGCCGCCUCCCUGUCCGGUGGACUGAAGACGGCCAAGAUCUGGAGCCCGCUGGCGCCUGCGAGACGGUGGCACGUGGUCUUGCAAAUGCCGACGGCAUGGUAAUCACUAGAGACGGUGCCGCUGCCUACAUCGAUAGUUAUAUCAGUGGCACACUCUGGAAGGUGGAAAUAGACUUUGAAACAGGAAGUGGUGUCGUCCAUACCCUUCGAGAGCGGAUACCAGACCCCACAGGCAUGGAACUGGUAUACGCUGAACAGGACCAGGAACCCACGCUCUUCGUGGUAUGUUGCGGCUGUUUAGGACAAGAAUGGCGAGACAGAGUUGGCGCCAAGUGGCUUGAUAUGCUCCAUGUGGACAGAUCGAUCAAGGUGACGGUGGAGAUAUUUAUCACGUACGAGCCCAAUCCCGACUACAUACUUGGAGAGUGCGAGAACUAG